CUAGAUCUGAGAUCAGAACUUCACCUGGAUCCAAUUUCUGGAGCUCUUUGCUAUAAGGGAUAUAACCCCUCGUUACCCAACAACCAUGUCUUAUGAUCCCUUGAGUCCAAUCCAAAGCCAGCCAAGAAGACAAGAAAACACUUAUGUACAAAAAGAGUCCCACAAAAGAGAAUUGGUGGCCCGGUCUGGACUUCAGUGUCUGGCUGAUGUGGAGGAGGUUGUUUUGAAGAGGAAUGUUUUUUCUACCAGAAGUGGGAAGGCUCUGUUCGGUUUAUAUAUGGGGAGCAUGCAACGUGGACCAGACUUGUGCUUCAGAGACCCUAAUAGAAAAGACCUGGCUGCGCUUUAUCUACUGCUUCGCGAAGACCGAGGCAAAGCUGGAACUUACCUGAGAGUUGUCACUCCUUCUGACAAUACUAUUGGAUAUGUGAACAGUGAGUACAGUCCGAAGAUAAUGAAUAUCUCCAUCCUGAUGGCGAACAAUGAUCUUGUGUUCACUUCACGGCUGCCCAAAGGGUCAAAACUGCCAAAAGCAAUUCAGAUAUUCAGUAUAAACCAGUCCCGUCUGGUGGCUGAAAUAAAGCUGAAAGAACAAAAAUUUUCUCAAGUUGUCUUCCACUUUUUGUCAGAAAUGGACGUAACCCUGAAAAUGUUGGUAUUAGCUGCAUUCUUGUACAUGAAUUUCCAAGCGGAAACAAUGAACCAAACCAUCUCACUGCAUGUGGAUUUCAGGAAGAUCUUUAUUAAAAUAUUUGAUGAGAUUCUGGAAAAUGAAGACAUCUGCUCUGAUAAUAAUGAUUGUGUUGAUACAGAUUGUGGAGACAAUAGACUUCAUUGCAAAGCAGUCUCUGGACUUAAUAUAAGUCAUAAGGAACCAAAAUUUAGUAAUAACAAGAGUAGGGAUGAUGACUGUUGUGGCUGUAGUUGUUAUGGUAUCUGUUGUUGUGAUAGUGAUUGUGAUGAUUCCGAUGAUUGCGAUUGUAAUGUUGAUAUCUGUUGUGGUGACUGGUGACCUGUGGUGAUCUUUUUUUGAUGGGCCAGUUUGUGUGGCUGUGAUGACACUAGUUGUGAUUGUUAUGAUGCAUGAGGUACUUGUGAUGGCCUGUUCAUUUCCUGAUGGCCCAGAUUGUAAAGUUGUUGUAGUUUUGAUGAUAUCUGUUGUGAUUGUGAUGAUGAUACCUCUUAAAGUUGUCCUGACACCUGUUGAGGUUGUGAUGACCUGUUCUAUUCCUGAUGGCCCAGAUUGUGAGGUUGUGAUGACCCAGAUUGUGAGAUUGUGAGGUUGUGAUUGAUGUUUCAAUGAUCCUUUACUGAUUUUGAUCCUAUGUGUUGUAGUCGUGAUUAUCUCUACUGUUUCUGAUGGCCCAGAUUGUAAAAUACUGAAAUGUGUUAAUAUCAAGUUUUCUUGUUGCUUUAUUAAAAUAUGUUUUAAUGAAUUAUUUUCCUGAAUAUUGGUUGUAGUUAGUUAAGGUUGGAAUAUAACAAAAGUCAAUCAAGUCCAACCUGUAAUCCUGCUAUAUUGAUCCACGAACAAAUCCCUGGAUCAAUGUCCAUCUUCCUUUUAAAAAGGGGUUGUGCCAAAGUG